AUGGUGGAUCUUGGGCGUCCAACGGCUGAAGUCCCCAGCAGGGGAUAUCAGCUCUGGGUAACAGACGUCGUGGUCGUCAUUGUGGCUGGCAUCUUUGUCGCUAUCCGUCUGGUUUCAAGAUUUCUGCGAAGUGGGAUCCAAAUCGACGAUUGGACUAUACUCGCGGCUCUGAUACUGUCAGUCCUCUUCUCAACAGCUCAGAAUAUCGCUGUCGAGCAUGGAUAUGGCAGACAUGACUGGGACGUUUCUGACGAUAUGGAAAAGCAGUCCCUCAAGUGGAUUCUGGUCGCCCAAGUCUUAUACAAGCUGGUGAUCUGUCUGGCCAAAGUGUCAAUCCUCUUUCUAUACCUGAGGAUAUUCUACGUCCAUCAAUACUUCAGGCGGAUAUGCAUCUGCCUCAUCGUAUUCACCAUAUGUUCAGGGAUAGCAUUUAUUCCACCAACUAUCUGGCAAUGCUCGCCCGUCAGCGCUUACUGGGACCGAAGCAUCCCGCAUAAGUGCUUGAGCAGUUUCCCCAACUGGCUAUCCUAUGCGAUAAUCAAUAUCACGACAGACGUGAUACUCCUCGUCCUCCCUAUCCAGCAGAUUCUCCGUCUUCAAUUGACGAAGCGCGACAAAUUCGCUUUGAUAUUGGUGUUCCUACUUGGUUCAUUCGUAUGCAUCACUAGCAUCUACCGAGUGACUCUGGUCGCUGCAUCCUCGGGAGUGAAGGACGUGACAUGGAGCACCAGCCCAAUCUCAAGCUGGAGUGCAGUUGAAAUCAACUCCGGGAUCGUAUGCGCGUGUCUCCCGAUGGCCCGCCAGACCCUCUCACACAUCCUUUCAUGCUGCCUGCCCCCACGAACAAGCAAAGGCUCGUCCAAAUCUCCGUCCCGCGGCUACAAUUCUGGCCAAGCCUACAACUCGGGCCAGUUUUCUCGCGUCUCACGAGGCGGGAAGCCUGUAUCCCAUUGCGGCCGCGGCGGACUGCCGUGGGAGAACGGCUCGCGGGUCCAAGACAACAUCGUCCUGACAUCUAUCCAAUCCGACCGACACAGACAGAUGCGACGCUCCGACAGCGAGGAGGACAUGCUGAGCCAGGGCGACUGCUAUAUGGCUAACGCUGGAGGGAUACUCAAGCGGACGGACGUGUCUAUCAUUGAACAUUCCAGGGUCGGCUAG